AUGGCAGCAGUUCCCGGGCUCCCUGACGUUGAAGAGCCUGAGCUUGGCGACAAUGAUAUCCCAGGAGUGACCUUAGAAGGGCUCGGGGUUACGUGGGAGAAGGAUGAUACCAUCAGGGCUAGAGCUGUCAUCUCAAAGAACCUGUUGGCAUGGCCCAGCCCGAAACAUGUUGGAGUCAUCAACUUUACCACUGCGAAACAGAACGUGCUGGUUUUGUCCCAUCUUUUGGAACUUUGGUGCCCCCAAGUACCUUGUGCCAAAACGGUCAACAUCGAAGAUGUCCGUGCUGAGGUGAGGACAUUCCGGUCUAAGCUUGGUUGGGUGGAUGAUGAUGUUGCGGUGAACUGUGAUGCGAUCUCUAUCCGGGGAUUUGUGACCUACCUGGGACGACGUCACAAUGGGGAUCCAAUGAUCAAGAGCCUCUACGACAUCAUUUGGAAGUACUGGGUCCCUACCAAGAAGAAGGGCAAGAGCGAGGAAUCACUUGAAGGAGAAGAACCUGCACCUGCCAACGUCAAGAGCAAAGGGGGCCAAGAAGAAGAUGGAGAGAUGGAAGAGUUGGAGGCGGCGAGUGAUCAAGGUGAACCUCCAUGCCUGAACGAUGACUACGUGGAGAGUUGUUUGGCAGAGAGUUUGGGUGUCCCACCGCUUGCCCCUGUGGUUGAAGCUGUUCCUGACUCACAGAUUUUGCCAGGCUCUUUCGUGGAGGAGCUUCAGGACUCACAGGGUCAGCCCGUCAUUGAGUUUGUCGCCUUGCCCAAAAGGGAUCCACCCAUGAAAGUUCAGGAGGAAGCUGUGGAUGUCCCUUCUAGCCCUUCCAUCACACCGACUGAGAUUGAGAUGACGCCAGAACCUCCCCAGGUCCCACCUGCAAUUCCUGUGACCACGACAGUGAAAGACCCACUGCCUUCUGCUAAGACGUAUACUCCAGAAGACAUGGCAGUUUUGCGGGAUAGGAUCAACAUGAUCAAGUAA